AUGCAUUGCUGCGCCACUGCACAGCACAGCUCGAAAGAGCCAUCCACACGCAGCUCGGUGAUCACUGCGAAGACCCCCGUCUGCUUGCUGAGCCGGAAGUUUUUUCGGCAUUUAGCUGUCACCCGACGGUCACGCGCCGAAUUCAGGGGAAACUCGCCGAGGGAGGAAGAACAACAAAACGGGGUUGUGGAGACGCUCUCUCUCCUCAUCUUCGCAUCCUCCGUGGCUGCAUGCCGCAGCCCACGACCGGCGAUGUCGCUGCGGCAGCUCCGACAUGAGCAACACGAUGGCUUCGGAGAGAGCGAAAAUGGGGACCACCCGCUUCGUCAUCGCCGCGUGCCGCCGUCGGGAGGCAUGAUCUUCCACGCGACCGUCACGCCUCCACUAGUUUCUCUGCUGAGAAUCAAAUACCGCAACGAUGGCUAUGCGGUCUGA